AUGUACAGAUUUAAACUCUGUCUUAAUUAUUCACGUUUAAAUCAAUCUCUAUCUGCUUUUUUAAAAAAGUACAAGACUAAUUAGAAGAAUGUAAUUUAAGUGGAGAAUAAAUAAUUGGAAAUUGAUAAAAAUAGACCACGAUAACCUAAGCCUAUUUAAGAUUAAUUAACAAUCUCUUAAGAAGAUCAAUUAAAAUAAAAAUAUCUGUUAUAAAGAGUGAAAGUGAUUGAUUUAAAUGAGAAGGAUAAUUACAGUCAUUUUAAUAGGGCAUAAUAAUUGGCAAUAGAUAAAUAAAUAAAGUAAUUAGAAGUAGAUUACAAAGUAGAAGCAGAAGUAUUGGAAUUGUAAAAGAAGGGAGAAUUAUGUAAUGAUUUUAAUAAUAAUUAAAGUGAUUGAUGAUACAAAAUUACCUAAAUAAUUCUUGGCAACUCUAGAUAAACAAAGAAAAAGAGGUAAGAAAAUGCUGAGAAGAUACUUUAUAAAUGGAGAGCAUCGUUACGUAAAGGAAAAUAUUUACAAAUUUAGAAAUGUGGCAGAAUGGAAAAAAUAUAUGAGAUUUAAGAAACCUCUGAUAAAUUAAUUGAAAAUGGAAUAAUUUUAAAGAUAUCCAGGUACAAAAAAAGGAAAGUAUCCAAUAUAAGAUAAAAAAGGAUUUACAAGUAUGAAUCAAUUAAUAAAUAAUAGAAUGGUUUAAAGAGAAUCAUACAUAAAAAACAGUAGAUGCAAUAGAAUUUUUAGUAAGAAAAGGUUAUGGUAAAGUAGCUGAUCAUUUAAGCUUUAAGAAAAGAAAAAGAUUUAUAACAAAAAGAGCCUAAGCAAAAAUUGAUUUAAAAAAAACAAUAUAAAGAAUGAAAUAAGAAAAAUAUGAAAAAAAUACUUGGGAAGUAGUUACUCCAGGAACUGUACUUUUUGUUGAAGAAACAAUGAUUGAAUAAUUAACAAAAGGGAAUCCAAUGAGAGAUUUAGCAUAGAAUACUCAUAUAAAAAUUUAAACUCAUAUGCCUGAGGGAGAAAUUCAACCAUUACCUGAUAAAUUUCCAUUAAAGAAGACAAAAUUAAUUUAUUAUUUGGAAAGAUGGUCAUUUUUUAGAUCAUUUGGAGCAUAUUAAUUGUUGAAAGACUUAGUAGAAGGGAAUGUUGAGACUAAGAAAAAUGAAUCAAUAAAAUCAGCAUCAUUAAAUACAUAUUAUUAAACAUUACCUAAACAUAUUAGAGAUAAUCCAAAUGUUAAAAAUGUUUAUAGAGGAUUAGAAUUUGCUAAUAAUUAAAUGACUUUGGCUGAAAAAGAAACUUCAUUAAAUUUAGCAGCUAGAUUAUCAUGUCCUUUUGAUGAAAUGAAUUAGGAAGUAUAUGAUGAAGGAUCUGCUGGAUAUAGACCUAUGAUAUCAAGAUUUGAUGAAGAAAGAUUAAUGUAAGAUUAAGAAAAUGAACAUAUUGAUACUGCCGUCGUAAUAACAAUUGUUUAUGUAGAAUCCUGAUGCUUUAUUCAAAUAUUUAGAACAAAGAGCACACACUCCAAGACAUGUAGCCAAAGAUGAUGUUCCUCUACCAGAUUGGGCUGUAGAUAAAUCUGAAAGAGUAGAUGAUCUACCAGUUGAUUAUUAUAUCAAUGAUGAUGGAUUCUGGGAUGAUUACAUUAAAGCUAAAGAAGAAAAACAUCUUAAAGAUACUCCUAUAUCUGGAGGAAAAAAAUAUUUUAGACAUAUUUGAAAGAG